AUGGCUUCCUCAAACAACGGCACGGCCCUCCUCGUAAUGGACCUCAUUGACAACAUCGUCACGAGGCUGCCAGAGAACAAAGACUUCCUGCCCCGCGUAGCCCGCGCCAUUGCCGCAGCGCGCGAGAAGAACAUCCUCAUCAUCCACGUCACCAUCGACUUCCGCCGCAACUAUCCCGAAGUCCCCCAUACGAGCCAGUUCUGGUCGCGCAUCGUGUCGACCGACGCCUUCGUCAACGCCGAGGGCCAGCCGAACAAGGGCCUCGAGUUCGUCCCCGAGGCCGCGCCGUUGCCCGAGGAGAUUGUCGUCUCGCGGAAGCGCAUCUCUGCGUUUUGCAGCAGCGACCUGGAGGUCAUUUUGCGGUCGAUGGGGGUCCGGAACCUGGUUCUAGCGGGCGUCGCGACGAGCGGCGUGGUUUUGUCGACUGUAAGAGAGGCGAUGGACAAGGAUUAUGGGAUCACGGUGUUGGAGGAUCUGUGCAUGGACCGUGACGAGGAGGUCCACCGGGUCUUGACGACCAAGGUCUUCCCGAUCAGCGGUGCUGUUGUCAAGUGGGAGGAAUGGAUUGCACAGCUGUAG